CUGAGCGGCUGUGCAGCCAUGACCGACAUUGGUCAGCCCCAUGUCAAUCACAUGGCCAUUUUAAUGCACGAAUUAACCGUUGGCAUGGCUAGGCUCCGUGGCUAUGGAACAAUGACCCGAUCCGAAGAUUCGAUUGCCAAAGGAUUGAGCUGCAUUAUUGUCUAGGGAUCUACGACCACGCACGAUUCAAAUCACCCUCAUUGUUCAGUAGCCAAGCUCCUAAGCCAUGAACAAAGCCUUUAUUCUAAUUCUCUUUUUCUAAUUGCCCCGCCGGGACGGCUCCUAAUAACAUAUUUCACUACCUAACAUUAGAUCAAGAACUUCAGGCGCACUGAACCGGCAGAGCGGGUAAUAUCCCAAAAUCCUUUACCUGACAAGCCUGAGCACUACAAUCAGAAGGCCCCCUGCCACUCCCAUGGUACCCCUCAGACCGGUCAAAAACUACUCAGCACGAGGCCAUGUCAACGCCGUCCUCACCGAGUCCACUUUCCUCUCUCACAGACUCGUUCAUCAUCACCUUUCCCAGCAGACCGUCAAGCCGUUGCUUGAAGCGCUCAACGCCGAGUCACUACAACCACCACACCGCCAGCCGCAUACUUUCUCAGCCCGCAGCCCGCAUCAGCCGUCAUCCAUACGAUCGCGGCCGCAGGCAUAUUGUGCUGAUAUCGCUCAACGGUGCAAACACCAGUACCAGCACCACCGGCUACUUACUCCACGUUCUGUCGCCAGUACCACGACAGCUCAGCCCGCCUUGUUGCUAAAGCAGUGGACGGGGUGGACAAGGCUCCACGUCCUGUCCUAAUCGUACUCAGGCUCGAGGUUCUCAGGUUGGCGGCUGCGAGCAGCACACCAACAUCUCAUCGACCUUCCAUCUGUUGGCAAGGAGCCUCAACGACCUGAUUGGGUUUGCACUAACAUACCUACUUAUCGCCUUUCCGCCUAGCUUCCCCGGAUUCUUCGCCUCCCUUAUCACAGUAUUUUCUAUUCCCGACCGUCUGGUAUCCUUCUCUCGGCCGUCGUUUUGACUUCGGCCAUCGCUGGUGCUCCACUCGGCGCAAUACGGGGGGUUUCAACGUCAAGUGCCUGGUGAUGGCUUUCGUGGCACCUUAGCCUCCCACCACACUCCCCCUCUUCUCACCCCGGCGUCGCUCGAUUUUUGACCACCGCUUCUGAGAGACAAACCGGGCAAGCUAGCUCUUCUUUGUCAUUAACUGUAUUUCGUCGAGUUUGAUUCCGCGUGGUGGUACCUUGACCUUCGUCUUUCUGUUCUUACUCCUACUGCUAGGCAGUGUUUGUUCCACACCCCGUCCUGUCUCACUGCAGCCAUUAUGGUAAGAGUUUCUCUCCCCGGUUGGCGGCAAGCUGCAUGGAGUUAUAUCAUCGAUCCCCCAUCCCAUCGUCCAAUUUGUAUGACCCCUGCGGCUGUUGCCAAUCACCACCGUUUCCUCUUCUCGCAGCCCCGUCGUGGCUCUGUGCCAUGACUCUCGGACAAGCAUCUUCUCCCUUUUCUUUGCCCUAGGCCCCUCCCCAUGAGACCCAAAUGUGCGGUGAAUUGAUUUUUUUCUAUAGAAUCCACAUUAUCCUUCCAAAGUUAAGAGGCCUCUCCUCCAACCGGGAGUUGAAGAUCCGGGCUCUUCGUCAAUAUCUUUCACCCCUCCCGUGAAUGACAACUUCACCUUUAUACCAUUUGAGAUCCAAGACAAUCUUGAGCAACUGGCACAAUUCUAUGGAAUAGCCUCUGGUUCUCAAUUACAUCAACUGAUUGAACAAGAGCAUUGUAGGAAGAGGAGAAGGCUUGAACCAUCGGUCCCAAUGACACCUGAGCAAGGACCGGCUUCGUCCCAGGGACCUCUGAUAAAACUCCCAUUAUCAGGACCUUACAGUCAACGCGAUGAGCACUAUGGGGCAUCUUCAAGCUGGGACGACUGUGGCCAGAACUCAAUGCCAUCUUCUACUUCCCCAUUAGCCAGGCGUAUGGCGGAUCUGACCUUAUUCUUCUGCCCAUGUUGUGGCUGGGACCCAAGACAUCAAGAUGGUAAGCGACUGACUCUCUUAACCUUGCCGGAUCGACCGACGUACACCUGAGAUCCUCGCUGACAUCACCCUGAAAGGCUAUCAACAGCUACCGAGCUCUGCACCAGCAGUUUCUGGUCCAGAUGCUCCUUACAUGGCAGAAAAACAACCAUCUAUGACAAUGCCAUCAUCUGAACCGUAUGAUAACACGACUCUGAGCUCUGGUCAACAACCGGAUUACAGCUUUCAGCAACCUAACUUGAAUGUUGCGCCCCUUGUCAACUUUCCUCUCAUCUCUGAUCAGACGGCAUUAGCGGAGCCUGUGAUGAGUGGUCCUGGGCCAACUCAUCAACCUAAUCUUUCAGCGAGAGACUUUUACGUCGCCCAAGCUUUCAAAGAGGAACCACAGCUGGAGAAUCAAGUAAUGAUGCCCAGUCAACAGCUUGUCACCAAGGCACUUCCACAGGUCGGCUACAGUUCCGACCCCAACCUUACUGAUACAAAUGCUAUUACUCACCAGAGCUUGGCUCCACCCGACAGCGUUUCCCAAUAUGGUAUGCUAAUCAAUACUCAACUUGGCGAAGAUACUGCGCAGAACGGGUGGUCUCUAAUGGAUCAACAAGCCAAUUUUGAAAUCAUGCUCCCUAACCAAAGAGGAGGAAAGAGAGGUCCGUUCAAGGACCCAAAUCUCCGUGAACAAACUGCCCAAACCCGAAAGAUUGGUUCCUGCAUCAGGUGCAGAAUGCAAAGAAUUCGUGUAAGUAACACUGUCCGGUUCUGUUACAUAAGAUGAUGUCUUACUUGUAAUGAGCUUUUUGGCUGGUGCGCAAAGGCCACUAACCAGUGAUGCAGUGCGAAAACAACCCUGAAGAAGAGGGAGGGGCCUGUUUGACAUGCAAAAAAGUCUCCAAUUCGAGGGCAGGGCGCUUUCCUUGCCUCAGAUACAAGAUAACGGAUAUCCGACUUUUCAAGCCGGGCCAAGUUCCCGGUUAUGAAUGGACACGACGAUGGACCAACAACAUUUCGGAUCCGAUACAGAGCUGGGCUACGACUGAAGAGCCCAGAACCAUCUAUCUUUCCGAGGGGCUAUCGAAUAAGUUUGUUAAGGUGAAGGUUCAACGAUUCAUUCCUCAGGCUGGUGACAAGCUGGAACGUACUUGGGAUUACAAGGGUGUCAAGAAAUCAGUGAAGAUUCCUCCGUAUGCGAUGGUCAACCUCGAGGAGGCGAAGAAAGAGUACCUGGACCACAUUGAGAAUAGCAUGCAGGAUGCUUUUACCAAGUUGCUUGGCCCACCUGAAGGCCUGCUAUUCCGGACGUACUUACGUGCUUGGAAAAUCUUCAAAGACCCUUCCACUACGCCAGAGUGCGUGGAACUUAUUCAUCAUACACUCUUGUUGUGGAUGUCGAUUCGUCUGACAACGCGGUCGAGCUUCAUUGUUGGAGAAGAGACCUUGGGGAUGAAGCAAAAUAUCCUGGACGAAACGAACCCGAACCAUGGCAAGAUCCCUCUUCCGCCUGUACUUGGCGCUCAGAUGGAUCUUAUCCUGAUUCACCACAUACAGACCAAGCUGCGAAGAGAGCUUCUGGACAAACUCCAGAAGAUGAUGUCAAAGAACAAGCAGAGCACUUGGCUAGUAACGUAUCUUGUUAUCUUCAUUCUUUUGCAUAACACAGCUCUCAUCACAGCUCAUGAUGCUGGCUACGCAAAGAAGCACGGCAUGAAGCGACGCUUUGCGCGUGAGGAGAAGGUCAAAGAAUACCACCUAGGUGAGUCACACAACCACCCCGGUCCAUCCUGCACGGAAGCGCUUGCUGACUGGGGAUUGAACAGGCGCAAACAUCUUGCUCGCACACUUCCACUACUGUAACAAGGGCAUCUACCCUUUCUCGGAAGAUUGUAAAGACCAAGACUUGCGAACACUGGCAGGCUUGGAUGAAGAAAAGAUCAAGUUUGUCCAUCAUACUAGCAACCUGGCUAGACGAUAUGGUAAGUCGACCCUCGGGGAUGUAGAACCAUACAAGCUGGGACCAUGGCUCUCUGAUUUGAUGCUAACUUGAACUCUGUGGUUUCAGCGUUGCAAUGGGAGGAAAUCCGGAACAAGGCCGUGUACGAGCAUGAUUACUUUUUUGUCAGCCAGUUGUUCGAGACCAACUGGCAACCUCGAACAACAAUAUGAUCGGGUUUGGUUGGCCAACAACAUCUUUAGUUGUCUUCUGUGGUAGUAGGGAGGCAAUGGGUGACCUGGAACCAAAUGGGUAGGCGCAGAGUUUGAGAAGAUGCUGUACUCACAGCGGAGAUGCAGGAACUGAGACUGUAUAGGAAGCGAAUGAAGGGCGGUGAAUGCGGAUGACGGCGGCAACAGUAACGGCCAUAAUGACGAUGACGAUGAUAACGAUAAUGAAACCAUUUUAAAAUGCCAGGGUAGUUUUUGUUACGAAAAGGCGGUCAAGAGCAGGUGAAGUACAGAGAAAGAGCCGAACUGGUGUGAUGGUUUGAAGAGAAAUGACAUAAACAGCUGAAUUGGGUGUGGAGGGCCGGAUGAAGAAGCUAUAGCCCAAGAGAUUGAUCGUUCUUGUUCAGUUCCGACAAACCGCCACAUGGACCAGUUCACGAUACGGGACACGGCAAAGCGGCGGGGAGGAGGGUCGUAGGCGAAACAAUGUAACAGGACGAAACGGAGCGCACGCCAACAAAUUGUGAUGCGAUGGAAGAAAAGGGAUGACGGUGAGAGGAGAGGGACAGGUGCACCGAGAGUGUGUGCGGCCACCUACAGAAAGAGGCGAGAAUUUGCUCACCGAGUGUCGAUGGGAGACGGGCUGCUACGUUUUUGACGGGUUGCGCAUUGUUGCACAGAAACACGAGGCGGAUCAAAGGUUUAUAUGUACCAAGCUCGCUGGGGGUUGGCUCGCGGAGGGAUGCCGGACGGGCCGGGCCUGGUUGUGCGGCGCUUGACAAACCCCGGGCCAUUCAUACCGCAGCUAUGCUCUGACUUGACUUGGCUUGGCUUGGCUUAACUAUGUAGACUUGGUCUGAUAGUGUGGAUAAUGCAGCACUGUGCACUACAUAGUAUAUGUGCUUUCUACGGAGUAUAUGCUGUGUGGUUUAUUAGUACGUCAAUUAUUCAGGUUGUGUAUCCCUCGGGAAGAGCGGAGAGAUGGCAAUGGGACGAACGGGGGAGAAGUAUGAAAUGAGACGCGCCUAUUUGCAUAUCCC